CUGGGCGUCAAUUCAUUCUGUCGCGAUCCCUUCAUCCGCACAAAACAAAACAUUACUCGUUGACGACAGUACUCAUGUCAUCUAGUUCUAAUAAAAGGAUGUAUAUUUUUUGUGUAUCGUAGGUUACUAUAAAAAUGCAUUCCCGGACUUUGGAAAGAAUCGGGUCGCCGAUAAAAAGGACGCUUUCUCGGGGAGUGAGUGAGGACGAGUCACUUCGCAACAUUAUCAAAGAGACGGAGAGUUCGGCCAGGCGUCUGACACGCAGUGAGAGCAGAGGGGGGACCCUCAAGAGGAGAAGUGGGAGUCAGCAGUCUGAGGAUCAGGAACUAAUGAUGGAACUCCCUGAGAUGCUUGAUCUGCAGGCGAGCUACGACGAUGUGUUGCGAGAGCUCCGUGGGCUGGAGCUGCAGCGGGAGACUGUGUUGUUCCAGGUGGACGUUCUGCACGACGCCCUGGAGGGGGCCGAGGAGAUGCUGGCCGAGGCUCAGAGAGAGGCCAGCCAUGCCACCAUGGAGUUGGAGCAAGAGAGAGAAGCCAAGAGGAAGUUGGAGGACAUGGUCAGCUCUCUGAUGCAGGAGGUGGAGAGGCUAAAAGAGGAGAGGAAGACCAUUCCAGCAGUACCAGUGUACACACUCGUCAAGGAGCAGGAGAUGGAGGAGGAGAUGGCUAGACAACAAGCACAAGAGAUGAAAAUAAAAAAAGAAGCACAGGAACAAGUCAGUGAUACACCAGGGGACGAGGACAAUUCUACCAAAGAUGCGCCUCUCUCUAUUAUCCGAUUGGACAGUGAGAGCCCCGGGCCCAACAACGUACUAACAUUGGAGACCAGCGCUGGAGGGCUGCUCGGCGCCUCCUUCAAAAAGGAGAGGGAGGAGCCGCCCUCUGACAGUCCAAACCGGCCCCUUCCUCUCCACGUCGCCCGGCUGUGGUCCUCUGUGGACUCUGAGGACAUAGAAGAAGGGGCAGAGGACAGCUUCACCAAGUUCACUAAGAUGGUCAACAAGACCUUGGGACCGUUGAUGCUGGUUAGCCAGACCCCAGGGUACAGUCAGGAGGAGAACAGGCGUGACAUCUUUCCAGAUAGGAACGACACCGACAGCAUCAGCGCCUACGAGGAUGCCUGCGCUGACACGCCCGAGCUGGAUGAGGGAGACGGGCCAAGGCUGCCCCAUGAUGAAGGAUCCCCGGUGGAUGAUGAUGAGGGAGAGCCGUCGAAUGGCAACGAUUCCAAGAACCCCAAAAACACCAAUGAUUCUUGCAUUCUGUCGUAAGAGCUGCAGAACUGUUGUGGUACGAAAGGUCAAAUGUACUCUCACUCUGUCUGCCCUCUUGAUAAUAUAAUAUAUGCAAUUUAGCUUUUAUUCAAAGCAACUUAGUCAUGCGUGCAUACCUUUUUUUUACAUCUUGAAAAAGUUUUUUUUUUAAAUCUGUUCUUGGAUCAGUGCGCUCAUUGACACCUAUUUUUUUAAAAUAUAUAUAUAUAUAUUUUUUAAAUGUACAUUUAUUUAUACAGGUUUUUCUCAUUGAGAUAACAUCCCUUUUCCAAGAGAGACCUGGUCCAAUAGCAGCAAGGGGGAACAACGUUUCAGACAAAACAACUUACAUACACAACAUUAAACAAAACUGUAAACACACAUACAGUACAACAAAAACAUUUUACAUUAAAAACACGAAGGUCUUGACUAAAAACAGCUGGCCUAAAGACAGUUACACUCUUCUAUGAUAUAUGCACUAUGAAGUGUUUAUAAAAGGGUAAUGUCAACAUUGGGAGUUGUUUUAGCGCAAUCCGGCACGGUGAAUUCCAGUAAUGUCUACAGACGUCUCUUUAGUCAAUGUUUCUCCCUCGGCAUGACUUGCAAUGUUGCACUUAAGUGUUUAGUUUUCCUGACGUUUGGCACAAAAGGUCAUUUACCUCCCUCUGUUUAUUAGUGACUGAUGAUCACUUAAGACUGUUUGCGUACACUGAACUAUCAGAUAUGUUUCAGGACACACCACAGACCUCUAGCAUUCUAAACAGUCAAAUUAUGUGAUUUAUAGAUCACAUACUGAUAGUGCUGAGCGAUUAACAAAAAUGUUUAAGGUUCAAUUAUUUGAAUUCCAUUUAAUUCUGUUUUUUUUCUAUGAGCUCAAUGCGCAGUUUCUCUAGAGAUAAAUCCGAUCAAGCUGAACUGUGCGAUGUAGUAGGGAGUUGUAGUUUCCAACAGGCCAAUAUACUACUUAGUUUUGUGCAGAACGUGUGAUUGAGAGUGAUAGAGCAGUUGUUUCGUGAGGUAUCCCUAUCUGAAAAUACAUGAUCUAAGCGAUUGAUAGUUUGUAUUCAGCAGUCAUAAAAAUAUGCCUUAUUUACUUUGAAGAACUACUAAAAUAGUGAUUUUGUCACACGGCAUAUACAGCAGCUCUAUAGAGAUGAGAUGAUGACAUGGAAUUAAAUAAUAAUAAUCUUGUAAAAUACACAAAUGAAAUAUUUUAUGAAAGUCAUGUGAAUAAAUGAUGGUUAAUAAGUGAUAAGCAGUAAUGGGCAGUCACUACCAUCAUGGGACUUUAUUCAUAGUUUUUUUUCUGUGUUGCAGAAUUCAACACACACAGUGCAUUUAAUGUCUAAAGAAAUUAUCUAAACCAAAAUUGAAAACCGUGAUUAUUUUUUAAAUAAUUAAACCAAAACCAAACCGACCUCAAAAAGCACUAAUUGCUCAGCUCUACAUACUUUAGAGUUGUAAGACGAUUAUAGCUGUUUUUGUGCUCUUAUAAGAUCAGAUGCAGGCAAGAUUGUAAUCACAAUAGCAGGCAGCCAAGGAGCUAGCUACUAUACUACAGGGAAUGUUUUUAGGGAAUUUAUGGGUGUUAAACCAUCAUUGUCUCACAUCGACGACAGUUAUUUUAUCUAAGCAGUACUUGGUGCCUUUCCUGCCUCACCUUAAGGCAUUUUAUAAAUAUGAAAGCUGAACUUGAAAGAUUGAAUAUGAAUUUACUGAAUCUAAUCUAGCUUUAGUUAUCAGACAUCCAUCAUUUGUUAGUAUGAUACUAGCAUGAUUGACAAAGGGAACAAUUUAAUUGUAAAACUUUAAUGAUUCCUGAUAAUAUUUUCUACUGACACAUACAGUAACAGUACUGUAUGCUACUCAGUGCUUUUAAGGUCAUGCUUGCAUGGUUGCAGUGAAACUACUGAAUUAGGAGAAACUUGUUAUCUUUUUGUAUCUGACAUUGCUAGACAAUAUAUCCUUUGUUUUUAUAAUUUUUCUACCCCUAACCAUUAACACAAGACCUGAUGAUAAUCUUUUGACUUGGAGUUGCUACCUAUACAUUUUCGUGUGACCCAAAAUGAAUCCCAAAUGGCACCCUGUUCUCUUUGUAGUGUCUUAUAAAGGGAAUAUGGUGCCAUUUGGGACGCAUACUUUAUCAACAUUUCUGUCCAUAUUUGAAGCUAGCGAGGUCAAAUGGAAUUGAUCUGUUUUCCAAUCCUCACCUUUUGAAAUUGGCUACGUUUCCAUGGCUACCUAGAAGUCUUUUUUUACUGCGUGUGUAAUAUGAAUGUGAACUUGGGUGCAAAUCUUACACUGCUUUCAACACUAGGUUUUGUGUAUUGUUGGGUCUUUGUGUGUAUCUCAAGUCAGAAUGUAGCUCUUAGUGGAAGGGAUGUGAAGUUAGGAAUAAGAUUUAAUUAUGUUACUUUCUAACUUUGAUACUUGUGAUUUACAUGUUUACUACUUCUAUUCUGUUUCUGUUGCCUGAAUUUCUGUUUCUGCUGGAGAUAUACUGAACAAAAAUAUAAUUGCAACAUGCAACAAUUUCAAAGAUUUUCCUGAGUUACAGUUCAUAUAAGGAAAUCAUUCAAUUGAAAUACAUUCAUUAAGCCCUAAUUUAUGGAUUUGACAUGACUGUGCAAGGGUGCAGCCAUGGGUGGGCAUAGGCCAACCUAUUUGGCAGCCAGGCCCACCCACUGGGGAGCCAGGCCCAGCCAAUCAGAAUGAGUUUUUCCCCAUAAAAGGGCUUUAUUACAGACCGAAAUACUCUGUAGCUGAUGUGGAGGUCCUGGUCCUAGCGUGGUUACAUGUGGUAUGCGGUUGUGAGGCCUGUUGGAUGUACUGCCAAAUUCUCUAAAACAACAUUAGAGGCAGUUUAUGGUAGAGAAAUGUAAAUUAUAUUCUUUGGCAAAAGCUCUGGUGGACACUGAUGCAGUCAGCAUGCCAAUUGCACUCUCCCUCAAAACGAGACAUACAGUGCCUUGCGAAAGUAUUCGGCCCCCUUGAACUUUGCGACCUUUUGCCACAUUUCAGGCUUCAAACAUAAAGAUAUAUUGCUGUUUAAUCAGCGUAUUGAUAUGCCACACCUGUCAAGUGGAUGGAUUAUCUUGACAAAGGAGAAAUGCUCACUAACUGGGAUAUAAAGACAUUUGUGAGAAAUAAGCUUUUUGUCCGUAUGGAAUAUUUCUGUGAUUUUUUUAAACAUUUAAUCUCAUGAAACAUGGAACCAACACUGUGUUUAUAUUAUUGUUCAAUAUUGUUCAAUAUGUACUUAAGGUUUCUAAACAACCAAUACAGUACCUGUUAUGUUGAU